GUAACCUGUAAGAUGGAAUUGUACCCCGGUCAGCGAAGCGAGAACUUAAAAGAGGUGCGGAUAUCAAAGGAACGACUGCAGCAGGACCGAAGAGACAAGAGACCCAGACAAGCAGACGGGAAGUCCACAGGCUGGAGUGAAGAGGGGUUCUCACCUUGGGGCAGUCAAUUACUUCCAAGGUCUGUAUGCGAUCAGUAUAGAUCAGAGGAGAUAUCCGACGUGGGCAAAAUCAAAAGAAGAGGAAGAGGAAGACCGUGCCAUGCAUUCAACUCAGGAGAGGCCGGGGGCGAAGGAGGCGGAUGGGGUGGGUCACCGGCAGGCGCCAAAACGCAAUGCUGAUAAAAUCUUCUUCCUCGUCGACGGGACAAAAAGAUGGGUAUGCGACCCAUUUGGAGGCCGGCUAAACCAUCGCAGGCAGCCUGAGACACCGGACUCUGUUGGGACGGAUUUGGCGAUCGGCUGGCUGAAAGGAGCAGACCAAACGGAGUGGAUGCAUCAUACCAUAUUAGCUGCCCCUAUUCCCAGGCCCUUCCCGGCCAGGCCCGCCACGUGCGGGCAAGUGGGCAGCCACGCGGAUCCGACGAUGGCAGCAGCAGCAGCAGCAGCAACGCAUCUUCUUCAUCCACCAAGCGGCCCCCAUUUCCUUGGUCCUUGAACCCCAGCAAACCUUCUCUACUCCCUCCGCCUACUCCCGGUUCUUCCGUGCCGACUCACUCAAUAGUGGUUGGCAUACAAUAAUAACAUGUGAUGUAUUAUGAAAUUCCUUGUUUCUUGUCUUGUCUUGUGUAGUAAGAAAACUGGCUGUAAGACUGCAAACGAUGUAAGACAUGCAUGAUUGAUUGACUGCUCCGUCCCGUCUGAAGGAUCUUCAAUAUGCACGACACCGCUGCCGGAUGUUGAAGGGAAAAGGACGAAUAUCAUUUCUUGUUUGGCCAGACGUACGGGAUUUGCUUGCACACUAUCACUCUGACUUGCAUUGGAGCGGGAGUGCUGUAGGGCAGUCCACUCAGCAUGGACUAGUAGUAGACUAGGUGCUGACCGCUCAUAGUAUCAGUUGAUAAG